GUGAAUCAUUAUAGAAGAAGCCGUUCACGCAUUCGAGCUCUUCUGAAGAGUUAAUAAAAAAAAUAUAUCUCAGUAUACCAGUUAUUCGUAUUAUUUUACGGAUUUACUCUUGACAACAGCUGGUCAGAAUGGCAUCAGACUGGAUUGGCUGUCUUGUUUCAAUCCACUGUGGACCAACUCUGGGAGUUUAUCAAGGAGAAGUGUCUUCAGUAGAUCAGACCAGCCAGACCAUCUCUCUCAGACUUCCCUUCCACAAUGGAGUCAAGUGCACUGUGCCUGAGGUCACCUUCAGUGCCAUGGACAUUAAAGAUAUUAAAAUCCUAGAAAUCCGCAAGAGCUCAACUGAAGUCCCAAAGCAGAAUGGUCCAGACUCCAGCUCCACAUUGACGCCACAUGGCGGACGCAAUGAUAAGGGUGGUGGCGCACCGGGCAAUAGCGCUCCUCUGACGGUACCUAACAAAACGGAACAUAAAACGCAGGAAGGAGGGGUGUCUCCAGUGCCACACUACUCAAAGAGUUAUGGUGAACGUCACAUGGACAUGGCUGUCCAAAGUAAAGGCUUUAGACGAAGACACAACUCCUGGUCGUCUAGUUGCAGAGGUCCAAAUCAGGCCACACCAAAAAAGAAUGGGCUGAAGAACGGAGGUCAUAUGAAGAACAAAGACGAUGAAUGUUUUGGAGAUGGUAUGGAAGAUGUUCUCGAUGAAGACUUUGAUUUUGAGGGGAACCUGGCGCUGUUCGACAAGGCUGCGGUGUUCUCGCAGAUCGAUUCGUCAGAACGGCGAGGCAAUGGUGCGAGAUCUCGAGGUACGUCUGGAGAGCAAACGCCAUCACGAUACCGGCAUGACGAGAACAUCCUAGAGGCCAAACCCGUCGUCUACAGACAGAUCAUAGUUCCACAGAAUGGAACGAAAGAAUAUAGCACUGACUCAGGGCUGGUGGUACCCAGCAUCUCUUUCGAGUUGCACAAGCGGUUAUUAGCUGCAGCAGAAAGUCAUGGUCUCUCUCUGGAGCGCAGGCUUGAAAUGACAGGUGUAUGUGCGAGUCAGAUGGCCCUCACGCUACUUGGAGGCCCGAACAGACUUACCCCAAAGAAUGUGCAUCAACGGCCCACGGUAGUCCUGCUGUGUGGACCACAUGUCCAAGGUGCUCAGGGCAUCAGCUGUGGCCGGCACUUGGCCAACCAUGAAGUGGAGAUCAUCCUUUUCCUGCCAAACUUCGUCAAGAUGUUGGAGGCCAUCACCAGCGAACUUGCACUCUUUGGGAAGACAGGAGGCAAACUGGUUUCUAAUGUGAAAGACUUGCCCGAAACGCCAGUUGACCUGGUCAUAAACUGCCUGGAUUCGCAUGAAAACGGAUUCUUGAGGGAGCAGCCCUGGUACAAGGCUGCCGCCGACUGGGCCAACCAGAACCGAGCCCCAGUACUGAGCAUCGACCCUCCAGUAAGUGGACAGGCACAUGCCGUGGAAGCAAAAUGGUCACUUUCCCUCGGCCUCCCGCUGCCUGUGUCUGAGGACGCAGGCCGAGUCUACCUGUGUGACAUCGGCAUUCCCCGACAGGUAUUCCAGGAAGUGGGGAUCAAAUACCACUCCCCCUUUGGAUGUAAAUUCGUCAUUCCGCUGCACUCUGUAUAAGCCGUUGACUUUCACGGUCAAGGCUCACUGAACCUGCCUUAAAGAUUUUAAGUAUGAACGGACCACGGUUUGAAUGUUGCAGCAGAACUGAAGCUUCUCAGUCUCUAUUUUUCUCAGCUUCUUCUAUACUUCUGUGAUGAUUCCCAUCAAAGGGAAGUGAUGGCAAAUGAUACCAGCUCUUGUGACAAACCUGAUAUGUUAAAAGCAGAACCAACAUCAUUAUACUCGCCGUCUGCUGCAUUCUAACAGUCUUACAAUAAUCUUUCACACAGCCGUUUUAAUAUGCAAGGCUGAUCUUUUUGAUUAAAUAUGCAGUAAAGCCACAAAAAAGCAACUGGCUCACACUUAAUGCGACUGAAUUGGUCUUAUGGCAUUUUUGAAUCUUAUUCUGUUACUUUCAGCAUCUUAAAUAGAAGAAUUUGCUUUUAGUUCAUCGUUGGAUGUGCUGAUUUAGAUCGACUUUAAUUUUCCCCAUAGAAAAAUGUGCAUUAGAUGGGGGUUUCAUCUUUUCUUCUUUUUGUGCCAGAUUGAUCAAAGUCAGUGUUAAGGCACUGGAAUUAUGGCAGUUUAUUGCAUGCAAAAUUUCUUACAGCGUUAUUUGCUUUGUUGACCAAGCCCUGUGUGCUGUAAAUAUGACAGAUUGACUGGGAUCUCAUCAGUGAUAAAAUGUUGCACACUUGAAUGGGAAGAUAAGUGUACUAAAAAACUAGUUUGUGAUAUUGGUUGCCAUUGGACCAAUACUGACCAUUUUAAGCAGUCAUUGGCCACCAGUUUUCUUAGGCUAAUAUUCAUUGCUGUGCUUUACCUCAUUUCCAUUUGUUUCAGUUCUCAGUGCUCAAAAAUAAUAAGCAGCUUAUGAAAUCCUGUUUUAAAUGGGUUUCAGAUCGAAUGGCAUUGCUUGUUUGGUUACAUCAAACAAGGAUCUUUUAUUAAGAAAGAUGCUCCACGUGUUGCAAGAAACCUGCUUGCUGAAAUCGAUUCAUGAUUUUAUUACAGGUUGUAUUACUGUGCUCACAAAACCCAUUACAAAGCAAAAAGUCGGUGUGUGCUGCACACUCAGUUCUUUUGGGUAAUGAAUAAUGAGUUUUUCAAAAGCACUGAUAAGGACAGUUGAAAUAUUUGCUUGAAUCUGCAGAUCGUAUCAUGCCUUCACAGUUAAAAUGAGAGGCACUUAUGACUCGCAAAUGCUCUAUAAAAGAUCCAUAUGCAACAAUAAUGAACUUAAAAUUGUUUCAAACUGACACCAGGAAAUAAUGUAUUGCUUUCAUCAGACUAAUUUACUUUUUUACUAAAUGUUUUUUCGUUUAAGCUUUAUUGUGAUGUUCUCUGAAUUUGACUAGCAAAUAUUUUUAUUUUUC